GCAAUCAGCUGUUGAAGAAUGUUAGGGUGACGUCGAUUAGAAGAAAAGAAGAAAAAGUCAUUAAAAGCGUUCAUUCUAGUUGUAUUCAAUUGUCUAUUUUUUUAUAUCUUUUGUCAUAAUUUUGCUUACAAAUAAAAAAUACCUUUUUUCGAUCGUUAUGGAGUGGUUUUCGGGUAACAUUCCCGAAGCAAUAUUGCUAUCCAAGACUAAAAAUGCCGUAUUUGUGGUUUUCAUCACAGAUGGUAGUGAAGCUUCUGCAACAACUGAAGCCAGUAUUGGGGGUGCGGGUGAUGAGCUCAAGAAAAAUUUCAUUGCCAUAAAGCUGAGCAGUGACUCUGAUGAAGCCAAGCAGUUCAAUCAGAUCUAUCCCAUUGUAGUGCUACCAUCCUUGUACUUCAUAAAUCCCAAUAAUGGAGUGCCAGUGGAGAUCUUAGCAGGAGCUGUCACUGCAGGAAGCCUCAUGGCCAAGCUCCCAGCCAUAAUGAAGGAUUGCUUCCAGCAGAGCACUACUGAGGCCUCUAGUCAAAGCUCUGACAUGCUCCCAGAAGAUCAUGCUGAAUCUUCCUCAGCAUCUGAUGGAAUCAGCUUUGAGAAUACUUCUGUGGAGCCAACUUCUGUAAACAUUCCUCCAUUAUCAACGUCCACUGCUGCGUCAUUGCAAUCUGCUUCAGCCUCUAUCACCGUAUCUGCUCAUACCUCUGCACCUGUCCCUAUGUCUGCAACUGCUCUCACUUCUGCCCCUGCUCCUACUUCUGCACCUGCUCCUACUUCAGCACCUGCUCCUACUUUUGCGCCUGCCCCUACGUCUGCACCUGCUCCUACUUCUGCACCUGCUUCUGCACCUGCUUCUGCACCUGCUCCCACUUCUGCACUUGCUGCUACUUCUGCACCAUCACUAUCUGAGUCAACAUCUUUUUCUUUUAUUGAAUCAUCCUCUUCUGAAGAAACGACCUCAGCUCCAUCCGAUAAUACGAACAAUAGCGCUGGAGCACCGCUAGAAGAUGCCAGUCUGCAGUCCAGAGAUGGUGCUGGGUCGCCUGACCUGUCACUUGAUGAGCGCGUGGCCCGCGCCAGAAAACUUGCCGAGUUGAAGAGGCAACAGCGUGACCAGGAACAAUUCCAGAAAGAGCAUGAAAAUGAGAUUAGCCGACGCCAACUAGGCAAGUCUAUGCAUCGUAUCAAACAAGAACAGGAAGAAAAGGAAAUGCGAGAUCUGGCUGCUGAAAGGAAGCGAGACAAAGAGAUGGAUCGCCUUGCUCGGGAGAAAGUCAAGGCUCAGAUCGCGGCUGACAGAGCAGAGCGCGAAGAAAGAGCUGCCCUUCUACGAGGCGACGUUCCUGCACCGCCGGUACCUCAGCCAUUCCAGGCAUCCAAUGUUCCUGUUACUGCAGCCUCGGCUACCACCUGCCGUCUCAAACUUCGGCUUCCUGAUGGCAGUUCGGAGCUGGCUCAGUUUGAACCAUCAGUCAUGUUGAGCGAGGUCAGGCAGUAUGUCGUGCGCAACAUCACUCUUCCCUUCUCUCGCUUCAAACUUGUAUCCAGCGUUCAUCAGCGACCGUUCACGGACCAAGACAUGAACACGUCCCUUGCUGACCUCGGUCUGGCCCCGUCUGCCAUCGUCUUGGUGAUGCCGAGCAACCUAGGUACCAGAAGUGAUGGUGGUGUCGGUAGUGUCGUUAGUACUGGAGGCUCGUGGUUCAAGUCGCUCUUGUGGCUCGUCAUGCUCCCUGUGAAUGCAAUAAUAGGACUUGUGUCGUCUUUCUUUGGAGUAGCACCAACGACAGCCGCUCCAGACAGUCGAUCUCAAGACAAACAAGGAAUUGAUAGUCAGUCAAAACCUACAGAACCUGCCAGACGCGCCACCGACCGACCUAAGACAGCUUACGGUACCAGAUCCCAGGCGCGCUACAGGAGGGACGGCAACAUCCACAGACUUGGUAACGAAAGCGACGAUGACGACGAAAACAACACAUGGAACGGCAACUCCACCCAGCAGAUGUAGGGCUGAUAUCAUGACGAGAACAACCCAUGGAACGGCAACUCCACCCAGCAGAUGUAGGGCUGACGUCGUUGUUAGUAUUGUGUUAGUAAAUGAAACGAAUAGCCCCACGUUGGCUGGCAAAUAAAGGUCUGCCAUAUGCGGUAUAGAUUACACUGUAUAAUUCCUUAGCGACAUGUUGGGUAGUAGCGUUGUUACAUAUUAACUUACAAGUAGAAUAUUUGAGAUUUAUUUCACCGCCUGCUAUUGUGAAUAACUGCACGUGCACCCGAGCAAGUAAGACUAGUCUGUUGGUUGGAUGAUGUUUAGUGUGAGAGUUUUGCAUUUCACAUUGACACCAAGGUCUUGGUCUGUCAAAGACAAGUUGCGAAUUAUGUUCAGAUGGCUAUUGGUGAUGUGCAAUAGAAGAGAAUUUCUCUCUCGCUGUUCAUCUUGCACUCUUAGUGCAUCGAUCCCAAAAAGCAGUAAUUUCUUGAUGUGCACUUCUGCUCUGUGUACUGCGUGUUGGCACGGAUCGUUUUCUACUGUUAAUGAACAGUGUUCAAGAUAUAGCGGCUCUUGGCGAUAUUCUUCGAUUGUAACCACUUUUCCAAGGAUCACGUCGACGUUUGUUUACCAGCGUUUUUUGUCGAUAUCCAGUCAUAUGCAUGACAAUGCCUGAUUUUUUACAUCUGUUGAAGAGGUUUGGGUCUGAAAUCUUCAUGUUCAAGUGUUGGUCAGCUCAGUGAAAUGCUAAUUGCGGAUACGACGUAUAUACGGCUAUUGGACAAAUGCUCCUAUUCUCUUCCCUUGCAGUGAAAAAAUGUAUGCCAUGCACGAAUGCAUCAUAUUAGCAAUUACUUUUUUCACCUUCGUUUCCUAUCAAGUUCAGAACCUAGGCUUGCUUCAUUUUUGGGUAAACAUGAAACUGAACUAUUUAAAAUAUCAAAUCAACAGAGAUAUGAAUUUGUAAAGAUGGUUGAACUUUAUUAUAAAUAUAUGUAGGAGGAAUACGAGAAUUCAGUUUUUUGUUCGACCAUUCACCUGACUCCGGUCACCUUUUUAGUGAAAUAAAGACGGAUGAUUAUGAA